AGGAGUGCUAUUCUCUUCCGCUGUCAGGAAGUUCUCUCGGCGGUUUCUUCUGAGCUGGGUGGGUUUUCGGUGGAUUUGGGCAGUGACGAGAGAAUAAGUUCGAAGAGCCCUCUAGCGCCAAAGGAAAAUAAAGACCUGGCGGAGGAGCCAAGGCCUGCUUUUGCUGUCUUCAGCCCGGUCUAUCUUACUCAGAGUGAGAUGAUGAAUGUGAGGCGUCAGACUGUGACUAUGCCUCUUAACUCUGUAGCUGGAGCAUAAGAACUGUUUGUUUAAUGAAUGACCUAUCCAUUUAGGACCUAUUUAGACCCUGAGGAUAACCCUGUGAAUUGUGUUGGUUUCAUUAUGCUGAGACGAAAACCAACCCGUCUGGAGCUGAAGCUUGAUGACAUUGAGGAGUUUGAAAGCAUUCGAAAGGACCUGGAGACCCGUAAGAAACAAAAGGAAGAUGUGGAUGUUGUAGGAGGCAGUGAUGGAGAAGGUGCCAUUGGGCUCGGCAGUGACCCCAAGGGCAGGGAACAAAUGAUUAAUGAUCGAAUUGGCUAUAAACCCCAACCCAAGCCCACCAAUCGUUCAUCUCAAUUUGGAAGUUUUGAAUUUUAGAGGUGGAUUAUCUUGUGUGCAGAGCCCUGGAAUGGAGUAAAAUGAUGGCAGAAAUACAAACAAGAUUUAGAGAAUUGAGUGCUUGCAGUCAAGCCGAAUAUUUUCCGUCCUGCAGAGAGAGAUACUUCUGCAUGAGAUUGCUGAUGCUUAACUUUCACUCUGAAAGCUGAAAUUCAAACUGUGGUUUGUCUCUGGAAAAUCUGACUCGAUAAAACUUGUCUGAUUUUUGUUUUUAAAAAUAAAUAUAUUUUUGGAAAA